GACAGAUGACAAUUGACAACCGUAAACUUGGAAACUAUUGUUGAAUCGUGAAAUUUCUACGACAGCCGCCGAAACAAGAAACAGAUAGUAAAUAACGUAAAUAACUAAUAAAAAGUAAAACUAUAUAAAAACGAAAGCGUGACGCGUUGCUACAUAAAGUGAAAAAAUAAUACUUGAAUAAUAAUUUAUUCCUUUCUUUGCACAGCUUCUAGCACCUAAUUCGUUAUUGUACAUAAUAAAAUAAACACCCCCUUCUCUUUGAUAAUUGUCAAUAAGAAGUUAACUAUUCAAAACGGAUUCUGCAACAAUCCCGUCUCAACAUGAAUGCCUUUGUGCGAAGUUAUAAAAAGUGUGGCCUGAAUAAGCAUGUUGCUUUGCCCUCAAAGAAAUAUACUACAUCACACAAUCGUUCUCAUUUCGCACUGAAAUAUCGCAUAGAACCGUAUAGCGCUGGUGGCGGUGCUACCACAACUCUGCAACAUGCCGCCACCAGCCGUUCAGCUCUCUUACCCGGCCAUUACUACCUACCAUUGGCCGCUGGUAGCUAUUAUGAUACCGUCGCCUUGGUCCACAACCGUUCCCUGCAUCUGAGCCAUCGUUUAUACGAACAACCCUCGUCCAAGGUCGAAGUCACUGUGCAGACCAUGAAAAACAAACAAAAAGAAAAAGUUGAAGAAAUUUUAAAAGAAGUAGCCAAUGGUAAUGCUGCCGCUGCAGCAGCACCCACAGCGGCGGCUGCAACAUCAGCAGCAACGGCUGCUUCCAGUGCCGUGGAGACAACCAACAAUAAAUUGGCCGAAGUGCCAGCCAAACAAUUGGCCGUAAAAAAGUCUCUGAAGACCCGUAUCUGGGAGGAAAUUGUCCACUACUAUCAUGGUUUCCGGCUGCUCUUCAUCGACAUCAACAUUUGUCGCAAACUCUUGUGGCGUGUGCUGAACGGCAAGACAUUGACACGCAGAGAAAACAAACUGCUGGUGCGUACCACCUCAGAUCUGUUCCGUUUGAUACCCUUUUCGGUGUUCAUCAUUGUGCCGUUCAUGGAACUGCUGUUGCCUGUCUUUAUUAAAUUUUUCCCCGGCAUGUUGCCCUCAACAUUCCAAACAACCAAAGAACGUGAAGAUAAACUGAAACAGAAUCUUCAGGUGCGCCUGGAAAUGGCCAAGUUCUUGCAGAAGACUCUCGAUGAAAUGGCUGUGCAACACAAGGAACACAAGAGUGAGGAGGCCAAACAAUUCGAUAACUUUUUCCAGAAAAUUAAAAAUCCCACAGAAUAUGUGUCCAACGAGGAGAUCAUCAAAUAUGCCAAGAGGUUUGAAGAUGAAAUCACCUUGGAUUCCCUGACCAGGGAACAACUGGCCGCUCUGUGUAAGGUACUGGAACUAAACACAGUGGGCACCACCAAUUUCCUGCGUUUCCAACUGCGCAUGAAAUUACGUUCGCUGGCGGCCGAUGAUCGUGUUAUUGCCCGUGAAGGUGUCAACUCAUUGGAUUUGUGGGAGCUACAGCAGGCCUGCAAGGCCAGAGGCAUGCGUGCCUAUGGCCUGACACAGGAGAAAAUGCGGACCCAGCUACAGGAAUGGAUUGAUUUGUCGUUAAACGAAAAAGUACCACCCACACUACUUUUACUAUCCCGUACCAUGCUCAUCUCUGAUGAUACCAUUACCACAGACAAGCUCAAGGAAACCAUUAGAGUGUUACCCGACUCCUUGGCUGCCCAGACCAAGGCUGCCAUUGGUGAACGUGAGGGUAAAAUCGAUAACAAGACCAAAAUUCAAAUCAUCAAGGAAGAGGAACGCAAAAUCAAAGAAGAAAUGGAAGAGGAGAAGGAGGAAGAAAAGGCCAAGGCCGCCGACAAGGUGUUGGUGGAUGCCGCUGCUGCAGCCGACAAAGCUGCCACCAUUGAUGUCACAACCGAAGCCAGCAUGGUGGAUACGGCCCGCGAUGUCACAGACACCGCCACCGCCGCCCCGGCUGCUGUGAAACCCAAACCUGUGGUCCUCACCGCUGCCGAACAAAAGACCAAAGAAGAUGUGGCCGCCAAGGCCCAGGAGGCCGAAGAGAACACUCUCACCUCCAAGGAUGUGGAAUUGUUGAGCGAAGCCCUGAAAUCCCUUUCGAGUGACAAGAAAAUGGUUGUCGAAAAAGAAACCAUCAAAGACCUUAAAGAAGAACUCGAAGAAUACAAAGAAGAUGUGGAAGAGUUGCGUGAAGUGCGACAGGUUGUCAAGGAACCGGUACGCGAAAGUCGUGCCGCCAAAAUGCUAUUCAAGAAGGUUAAUAGCAUGAUUGGCCAAUUGGAUAAGGUGUUGGACGAUUUGGAAAAGAAACAAAAGGAACAGACACUGCCAACGGACGUGAGUGCCGAGGAGUUGAAGCGUGCGGAAAUGCAGGCCAAGUCCUUGGAGGAGGAUAUUGUGCAAAUUGAGGAUCUAGUGCAGACGAUUAAGAAGUUAAAACAAACCUCCGAUGAGUCCAGACUUAAACAAAUCGAAAAUGUCCUCAGUAAAUUGGAUGCAGACAAAGAUGGUGCCAUUUCUGUCGAUGAAGUUCUCAAGGUCAUUGAAGCCAUUGGUCGGGAAAAUGUAAAACUGGAUGAAAAACAAUUGGAAGAACUGAUUUCAUUGCUGGACAAGGAACAGGUUAUCGAGACUCAGGAUAAGAUUGAAAAGGCCCUGGCCAAGAGUAUAAAAGAGGCAGAUAAUGUCAAGAAAUUGGCGGAAGAAAUUGCUGAUGCUGCGGCAGCAUCUGCCAAGAAUAAUCCUCUAACAGAAGAUCUUAGGGACUGUGCAAAGGUGGUCAAGGAAAAUGCCUUGGAUUUGGAUGCCUUGGAUGGCAAGAAUAUUUUGAAGGCCAGCGAGAGCUCUACAAAACCCGCGGAUGCAGCCCUGUUGGAUGCCGCCGAAAAACAAAAGGAGAAAAUCUUACCUAAAGCUGAUAUUAGCUCGGCCAUACCGCCCAGCAUACCAACGACAACAACAACCAAAACUACACCCACAAACACCAAGGAUAAAAUGAUAUGACUCGAUGAGGAUAAGGAGAAACCUAACAAUGCAAACAUGGACAAUAAACCUAGUAACGAAAGGAACUAAAAACUACGAUCUUCAACUACGGAAAGAAAUUACCCUAUUCUUGUGUGUUCGGCUUCGGCUUAAAAUUUACUAGGUUAUCCAAACACCGUUCCUUGCAGUUUACACUGGGUGUCUGUGUGUUAGUUUAAUUCCAAAGCAGUUAAAACCUCUCCUCUCCUCCCCACCCCUUUUUAUGGGGUAUUUUUAAUUCCUUGUUAAGCCCAUUUUUUUUACAACAUCGUAAAUGUCGACUUAUGCUUUUUCAUAAAGAGAACAUUAUUUACAAAAAAUAAGAAAAACAACAACUACUUAAUAGUACCUUAAAUGACAAACGAUUAUUAUUUAUAGUUUGAAAAUGUCAAAACCCCCCCACCACCCAAGUCCCCUAUUUUUUUGUUUUUUAUUUAUAAAAAAGAAAAAUAAUUCCUUUUUUACUUUUUUUUUUAAUUUCCCUUUUUUCUUCCACUUUUAUAAAAUGAAUGUCUACUACUGUUUGUUGUAUAUUUAAAAAGAAAAAAAUGAAACUUAAAAACCAAUUAAAUAGAAUGAAACGAAGGCUGUUUUAAGUGAUUUCUAAAUAUUAUUAUUUUGUAAUGAUUAACACAUUCUCUUUUUAUUUCUUUCUGAUUUCCUAACUUUCCAUGGAGUUUUCUGCGAGUUCGUUUUGGCGUUUUUUUCUUUGAAGUCUUAACUAAAAUAAGAAUUUUUUUUAUUUCAAAUCCCCAAAUUAGCACAAAUUUCUGAUAAAAAAUACAGCAAUGUAAAACAGUGUUUGUAUGCAAUUAAUUAAAAAAACUGAAACAAGAAUGCUGAUGCUGCUACUAAAUCCAGAACAAGAUAAUAAAGAUAUUUUUUUAUAUAUACUAUGUGUAAUAAACCAAAAAACAAAAACAAGAAAAACAAA